AUGGCUCGCAUCACGAAUUGGCUUUCCACCCUGCACGCGUUCCUGACGGCGCUGCCCCAGAAUGGCUACCACAACAUCUCGCGCGUCGUAAACCCUCAAAUGAGAAGCAUCUGCGAGAGUUUCCAGGCCAACUCUCGCCGCGCCAAGGACGACAUUGAGCUGCAGCUGCUUAAGCCGCGAUCGAAGCAAGAUGGACUAAAACAAACACAGCGUCCUGCUGUCACACGUUGA